GCAUUUUUAGUGCUAUUUUACAACUGAGGAAAUAGAGGUUUGAAGAGAACUCAGGAAGGCUCAGGGUUACCCAGCAUUGUGAGUGACAGAGCUUGGAUCUGAACGCUGAUCCCAUAAUGCAUCCUCAAGUGGUCAUCUUAAGCCUCAUCCUACAUCUGGCAGAUUCUGUAGCUGGUUCUGUAAAUGUUGUUGGAGUGGCAGGUCCACCUAUCACACUGCCCUGCCGCUACAACGGAGCUGUCACAUCCAUGUGCUGGAGUAGAGGCACAUGUUCUGUUUUCUCAUGCCCAGAUAGCAUUGUUUGGACCAAUGGAACCCACGUCACCUAUCAGAAGGAGACACGCUAUAAGCUAUUGAGGAACCUUUCACGCAGGGAUGUCUCUUUGACUAUAGAAAAUACAGCUGUGUCUGACAGUGGCACAUAUUGUUGCCGUGUUCAGCACAGGGGGUGGUUCAAUGACAUGAAAAUCACCAUAUCAUUGAAGAUUGUGCCACCCAGGGUCACGACUACUCCAAUUAUCACAACUGUUCGAACAAGCACCACUGUUCCAAUGACAACGACCCUUCCAACAACAACUCUUCCAAUGACAACAACCCUUCCAACGACAACGACCCUUCCAACGACAAAAACCCUUCCAAUGACAACGACCCUUCCAACGACAACAACCCUUCCAACGACAACUCUUCCAACGACAACAACUCUUCCAACGACAACGACCCUUCCAACGACAAUGACCCUUCCAACGACAACGACCCUUCCAACGACAACGACCCUUCCAACGACAACAACUCUUCCAACGACAACAACUCUGCCAACAACAACAAUGGUCUCUACCUUUAUUCCUCCAACGCCAUUGCCCACGCAGAACCAUGAACCAGUAGCCACUUCACCAUCUUCACCUCAGCCAGCAGAAACCCACCCUAUGACACUGCUGGGAACAACAAGGACACAAACCACCAGCUCACCAUUGAACUCUUACACAACAGAUGGGAGUGACACUGUGACAGAGUCUUCAGAUGGCCUUUGGAAUAACAAUCAAACUCAAUUGUCCCCAGAACAUAAUCCACAGAUGGUCACCACCACUGAAGGAAUCUAUGCUGGCAUCUGUAUUUCUGUCUUGGUGCUUCUUGCUGUUUUGGGUGUCGUCAUUGCCAAAAAGUAUUUCUUCAAAAAGGAGAUUGAACAACUAAGUGUUUCAUUUAGCAGCCAUCAAAUUAAAACUUUGCAAAAUGCAGUUAAAAAGGAAGUCCAAGCAGAAGACAAUAUCUACAUUGAGAAUAAUCUUUAUGCCAUGAACCAAGACCCAGUGGUGCUCUUUGAGAGUUUACGCCCAUGACUGCAGAAGACUGAACAUAUCGGACGUCUUUUAGACUCCAAGACAAUUUUUCUGUUUCAGUUUCAUCUGGCAUUCCAACAUGUCAGUGACACUGGGUAGAGUAACUCUCUUGCUCCAAACUGUGUAUAGUCAACCUCAUCAUUAAUGUAGUCCUAAUUUUUUGUGCUAAAACAGGCUCAAUCAAUCCUUCUGAUCAUUGUAGAGUUCUCUGUCAAACACGAACACUUUAGAAUUGUAUGUUCUCUUUAGACCCCAUAAAUCCUGUAUCCAUCAGAGAGAAUAGUCACUGGAAACAUAGCAAAUGAACUUCUAUCUUGGCCAUCAGAGCUGUGCAGAAGAGGGAAAUCUGUCUUAAAAAUCAACAAAUCCAAUAUGAGACUUCAUUUGGAAGCAUUGCAUGAUAAUCUGUUUCUAUAUUAUACUUCUAAAUGUUGCAUUUCCUGUGUUUUCCAAAGGUUUCAAAUCAUGGGUUUUAAUUUCCUCCAUGGGGAAAUAAAGUGAGUU